AUGGGACAAACACUAUCAACCACUAACCCAUUAUCUUCUUCGUUCCGAAGAAGUCGUUCCUCGCUAUUGCUUGGCAUCGGGCUACUCAUAUUCUUGUAUAAUCGCCACGCGCAACAAGAAAGACGAAGACAAGCUCGAUUAUCCACGCGAAGCGACGUGCGUAUCCAAGAUAAUAGAAAUAGGCGGUCGAAACGUGUUGGUGUUGAUGCGCGAUUUUUAGCUCAGAUUAAAAGGUUGCUUCCGAUUUGUAUACCCGGCGUUGCUAGUAAAGAAGCAGCGUUGCUUGUCGGUUUGGCAAUUGUGCUGAUAUGUAGAACUGCGCUUGAUAUUUGGUUUUCAGGAUUCAAUGGACACGUAGUAAAAGCCAUUGUCUCUCGUGAUCGCAGAAAUUUUAUUGCUUUGGCAGUGGUCGAGUUUGGAUUCAUGAUGUGGCCAAUGAGCAUAGUGAAUAAUUCUCUAAAAUUAUGUAUUAGUGCUUUAGCUUUGUCAUUCCGUUCGCGUCUGACUCGGUACGCGCAUGAGCAAUACCUUAAAGGUAUAACCUUCUACAAGGUUUCAAAUAUUGAUAAUCGAAUUCAGAAUGCCGAUCAAUUACUGACACAGGAUAUUGAUAAAUUCGCGGAAAAUCUAAGUCACUUGUAUUCGGAUAUUGCUAAACCGCUGGUUGAUAUCGUGUUAUUCGCGUAUAAAUUGGGUGAAGCCAUCGGAAAAGAAGCACCAUUCUUUAUGAUCUCGUACUUCAUUUUCUCUGGGUUGGUUCUUCGCGCAAUGUCUCCUCCGUUUGGAAGAUAUACCGCUGUCGAACAAAAACUGGAGGGCGAUUUUCGAUUCACUCAUUCUCGCAUCAUUACACAUUCAGAGGAAAUUGCAUUCUAUCGUGGCGGUGAACGAGAAAAAGGCGUAGUGAACGCGAGUUUUGACAAGAUUCUUCGACAUGUAAAGAAAAUUUAUCGACUUCGUUUUGCAAAUGGCAUUUUUGACUCGGUUUUAGUAAAGUACUGUGCUACUAUGACUGCGUAUUACUUGUUGGCCAGACCGGUGUUCGAUCCUCGUUAUGCAACGGAGCAUAUGGGAAAACUUGAUGCGGAUCCAACAAAAAUUAUGGAAGAUUAUUCCCGAAAUUGCAAGUAUUGUUUGGGUGUCUCUGGCUAUCUCGUUAAUUUAUCACAGGCAGUUGGAAGAUUAAUUUUGGCGGGACGUGAUUUGACAAGAUUUGCAGGGUAUACGUCUCGAGUUUCUGAAUUAUUUGAUGUACUUGAUGAUGUCAAUAAUGAUCGAUAUGAAAGAACAGUGGUCUCUAAAGAUUCGAGUGAAGCUAAUGUCAAUAAAGAGAUAACGCCCGCGGAUCUCAAAGGGCGUAUUAUAACACAAGAUGGUGUCAUAAACUUUGAAAAUGUUCCUAUUCAAACUCCAAAUCAUGAUGUUUUGGUGAAGGAUAUGUCAUUCAAGGUUGAAACCGGAAUGAAUUGCUUGAUUUCUGGACCUAAUGGAUGCGGGAAAAGUUCUCUAUUCAGGAUUCUUGGAGAUUUAUGGCCACUAUUUGAUGGCAUACUCACAAAACCUUCUUCGGAUAAACUGUUUUAUGUUCCUCAAAAGCCAUAUUUGGCACUUGGAACAUUCCGUGAUCAAAUUACUUAUCCUGAUAACAAAGUUCAAGCCCGUAGAAGAGGUUAUGACGACGAAGCGUUAAUGGAAUUACUCAACGUUGUGCACUUGAGUUACCUCGUUGAACGUGAAGGUGGCUGGGAUGCUGUACAAGAUUGGGCGGAUGUUUUAUCGGGUGGUGAAAAACAGCGGGUGGCUAUGGCUCGAUUGUUUUAUCAUAAACCUCAAUUUGCUAUUUUAGAUGAGUGCACGAGUGCUGUCAGUGUAGAUGUUGAAGGGAUUAUGUACACACAUGCUAAGGAAUUAGGAAUCACAUUAUUCACGGUUUCUCAUCGCGUGUCAUUGGUAAGCGAGCAAGCUCUUAAAUAUCACGAAUGGCUACUUCGUUUCGAUGGUGAAGGUGACUAUGAGUUUAGAAAACUCGAAGAAAGUGAUCUAACUGCACCAUUCGCGUCCGCAAACAAGGCAUCUGCAUCAACAUCAGGUAAAAAGACACGUCACGAUGAAGAAGAGAAAAGCGAAGAGGAUGAAGGUGACGAAGCGGAUAACGAGAAAAAUAGCAUGACAAGUAGUAAUGGAGAUGAUUGA